UAAACCUUUUCAAUUCAAUUCAGUAACCAAUUCGCACCUUCUCACCGUAGCUGCUUGUGCGUGAUGUGUGUGUGAGAGAAAGCAGAAAAAACUACAUUCCUACGUAGAGAUCGCAUACUGGAAUUCUUGUAUCUCCUCAACUAAUAUUGUAGAAACAUUCUCAAAUUUUUUAAAAUAGUUGAGUUUAUUUUUUAAAAAUUACUCCGAUGUCUUCCGAGCUCUACAUGUUCGACAACUCCUACUUCUCCGAUCCAUUCUCUCCGUUCCCCGAUUCCGCCUUCGGAAUAUUCGACGAAGCCGCCGACGAGGCCGCUGCCAAUCUGCACCAAUUGGCGUCGUCGCUGCUGUCGUCGUCGCCGCCGAGCGCGGAGCUACAGAAUCUGUCGCUGUCGCAGCUCGCCAGCGAGGUGAAGAUGGAGGAAUGCCAGCUCGGAUUUCCCGCCCUCAACAAUAACAACAGCAACUCGUUCUCACCGCACGAAACCGCAUUGAAGCUAAUGCAGAGGAGCUACAGCAGCAACGGCUUCGAAAACUCCCGCGACUUCUCCUUCCGCCCGCAGUUCGGCUCCGUUCUCGAACCUUCCCAUGACCUGCAGGCGCAGAUCAUGUCCUCGUCGGAAACCGCCUUCCAAUCCGGCCAUAUGAGGAGAGUUUGCAGCACCGGCGAUCUUCAAAAAAUGAAGUCGGAUUUCCAACCGAGAAGCGCGUUGUCUUCGAGCGCGCUUACCGCGGAGAAAUCGUUCAUCGAGGAAGCCAAUUUCAAAGUCGGGCGUUACAGCGCCGAGGAGAGGAAGGAGAGGAUCGACCGAUACAGAGCAAAGCGGACUCAAAGGAAUUUCAACAAGACUAUCAAGUAUGCAUGUCGGAAAACGCUAGCGGACACGCGACCGAGAAUACGCGGCCGUUUCGCGCGGAACGACGAAACCGUAGAGAUUUCAAAGGCAUCAAUGUAUCAUAGAUAUGAAGAUGAAGAUGAUCUUUGGACAAAUAUGCAGAUGGAAGGGCUGCACGAAGAAGAGGAGGAGCAAGCAAACAGAGGCUUUUUACAUAUGUCGUCGGAUUGUAAUUAUCAGUACCAAAACUAUAGAUUCUGAAAUCUACAAUUUGAUUACAAAGAUCCAAGUGACCAAGUUGAAUAAGUUGCGGCUAAUGUCUACUAUUUCAAUGUAAUAGUAAGUUAGAUUUGGUAAUUUCUCUAGUUAUAAUUUAUAUUGAUGAUGCUUUUUUGCAUCUUAGUCUCAUCUCAAUGUGUAUAUAUUGGAACCAAAACAUAUCAAUAACAAGUUGAGGUUUCCACCA